AUGGUCUAUGGUACAAUUUCACUUUCAAUUUUUUUAAAUUUACUUAAUCUGUCGGAAAAAGCGUUUAGCAGCAGAUCUUCAUCACAUCCCAUUCACGAAUCAAAAAUCAUAGAUACUUUGGGUGCAUUGGCUUCGUCGAUCACUCUUUCAAUCUCUCAGCUUCUUCUUCUUCUUCACUCUCCGAUUAAGGUUUUCUAAGCUCCGAUUUCCUCACUUCUAUCCAAGCUGGGCUAUCAGAUUCAUUUUCAAAAUACAUGGCAGAUCAGCAUUCAGUUGAAGCUUCCAGUAUGAGUGAUGUUGGUGGUGAAAGCUCAGAAUCAAUGGUGGAGCUCAAUAUCAAGACUUUAGAUUCGCAGAUCUAUAGCUUUCAAGUGGAUAAAAAUAUGCCAGUCUCACUGUUUAAGGAGAAAAUAGCUAGUCAAAUUGGUCUUCCAGUUGGGCAGCAACGGCUAAUUUUUAGGGGAAAAGUGUUGAAGGAUGAUCACCUGCUGUCCGAAUAUCAUGUUGAAAAUGGGCAUACUUUGCAUUUAGUUGCCAGGCAGCCUUCUGAAUCACAGCCUCCUAGUAUAAGUUCUGGAGAGACAAGUGCAGAUAAUGGUAAUAGAGGACACAAUGCGAAUGCUGCUGGUCCACAUAAUCGCAUUGGACAAAUAUCACCGAGUGUAGUACUUGGUACUCUUAAUGUUGGGGAACAAGGCGAGGGCAUUGUGCCAGAUCUAACUCGGGUUAUUGGGGCAGUUUUAAAUUCUAUUGGAAUUGGGAGCCAGACUGCAACUGGUGUUAUGGGGGGUGUGCAACCCACUGUGCAGUUCAAUUCUCCAGGUCAAGCUCCUCAAGGAAAUGAAACAGAAGGAGCACGGAAUAAUACUAGCGGUCAGAGCCAAGCAGGAAAUCAAACACAGCCUGGACAGGCAUUACCAAGUCAAAACUUACCCCAGGUUCUGCAAAUCCCACUGGGAGCAGCAAUACCUGUUCCUUCUCUUAAUGCGCCAAUUCCUGAUUCUUUGCACACACUUUCUGAGUUCAUGAACCGCGUGGAGCUGGCACUACAGAAUGGGCAUCAGCCAAAUCAAUCACUAACCAACAUUGGAGAUCUACCAACGGUGGAACUGCCUUCCAAUGCACGUGGAUUGUCAACACCUGAAACAUUGAGCAUUGUUCUGCGACAUGCACAACAUCUUCUCAGUGGUCCUACUGUUGCUGCACUAUCUAAUAUUGCAGGACACCUGGAGCAGGAGGGGGGUUCUACUGAUCUUACAGUAAGGAGUCAAAUUCAAGCAGAAUCAUUACAAUUAGGACUGGCAACGCAACAUUUAGGGGCUCUUCUGCUAGAGCUUGGGCGGACAAUUUUGACACUGCGUAUGGGACAAUCUCCUGCCGAGUCCUAUGUGAAUUCCGGGCCUGCAGUUUAUAUAUCUUCAUCCGGGCCAAAUCCUAUAAUGGUUCAGCCUUUUCCUCUUCAAUCCAGCUUGCUGUUUGGUGGUUCUGCUGCUGGCCCAUCAAAUCCUGGGACUUUUGGUCCUAUUGGCAUUGGAGCUGUUCCAAGACAUGUAAACAUUCAUAUACAUACCGCUGUUGGUCCCAGGGCAUCUAAUGCAGAAGGGGUGCAGGGAGAACAUGUUAAUCGAACUGGUCCUGGUGAUUCAGGUCAAACACAGCCACCUCCUGAUUCCGUUCCGCUAUCCACAGUUAUAGCUGAAGUCAAUUCACAAAUUAGAAACUUUGUUGAGAACAUGCAGAGUGAAAACCAGUCUCCAUCAGGCCAAUCAGAGAGUUCAACUGAUCAGAAUCCAUCUGUCAGACCUGGUGAUGGUAUCAAUGAAGGGAACAGUCAGCUUAGAAAUCUGGCUGACAAUGGAGCUGGAGAGGUACAUCCUGAACGCCACCAAUCUAGUAAUAACGAGGACACAGAAAGUCGGUUGAGUUCAAAAGAUGUACCUUCUAGUAGCUCAGCUGUAGGCUCUAUUAACCAUUCAAAAGGAGAAACUACACUAAAGUUGGGGGACGAUUCAGAAUUUGCUCCGCGAUCUGGUCAGGGGAAUGGUAAUCCAGAGCGUUCCACAGCUGUUCCACUUGGACUAGGGCUGGGAGGUUUGCAACCUAAGAGGCGAAUUAGGCAACAAAGAUCACAAGGCAAGGGUAGUGAUGGUGCAACUUCUAGUUCUCCCAGUCAAAACCAGCAAACAGGAGCAAAUGCCCAACAGUUUUUGCAAUCUCUCGUGAACACGAGGAAUACAAAUUCCCUGUCCUCAGCACAAAUGCCUCCUGCCCUUGGGCAUCUCACGCAGAGUUUACAAAUGGGAGGGCAAGGUGCUAGUGGUCAGGUUGACGCAGCAAGUGCUAUGUCUCAGUUUCUUCAUAAUCCUGCUUUAAAUGGUCUAUUGGCAGGGGUUUCAGAGCAGACUGGUGUUGGCUCUCCUAAUGUCUUCAGGAAUAUGUUGGAACAGCUUACUCAAAACCCCAAUAUGAUGAAUACAGUAAAUCAAAUUGCUCAACAAUUUGGCGGCCAAGAUCUUGGAAACAUGUUUUCAGGUGUUGGAAGUGGCCAAGGUGGUGGCAUUGAUCUGACAAGUAUGGUUCAACAGAUGAUGCCCAUGGUUUCUCAAGUUCUUGGUGGUGGGUCCGCAAUCCCUCAAUCAAUACCUGCUGCGAGACCUGAUCCCCAGCCACAGUACAAUGAGAGAAGAUUAAGCAAAGAUGAGAAAGCAAAUGAUCAAAAUUCUCAGGUUGACCUCCAACAAGUAGGUCAGAGGAUUGAACACCAGAAUCAACCUAGAGAAAUUUUUCGUUCUAUAGUUGUAAGUGCUGCCCAUGCCAGUGGUGCAGAAGAUCUUGUGGAUGAAUUGUGCAGUGAUGAGGGUCUCACCAGUGAAUUUAUAGAGAUUCUACGUUUUGAUAUUGGUCAACGACUUGAGGGUGAAAGAUCGUCUGCAGAGAAAUCAGAGAAAUCAUAAUCGUCUUGUGCGGUUAAAGAUCAAAGAUGGUUUCUGGUAUCAUUGUAAUUGAUAUAUGGCUAGUGGAGUUUGCCGGUAAGGAAAUUUGUUUUUCUGCAAUUACUCAGAAUCUUUGUAUAAAUCAGAUUUUGAGUUUUUUUUUUAAUGUGAUUUUAAGUUAUAGCUGAUCUACAUGUUUGGGGAUCAGGCGUUCAUAUUAAUUUCAAUAUUUCUGGAUAGUACUCGUAUUAUAAGACACGUCCAAUGUUGAAGUUUUGCUUUCAAACGUUUACUGCCCUUUGGUAA